CCAUCCCUUGCUAUAUGGGAGGGCAGGGUGGUGAAUGAAUAUAGCUUCUGGACUAAUGGCAGGAGAGGAUGGACUUAAUAAGACAGUACAGAAUGAUAUAAAGUAGUAUUAAUAGUAAUGAGCACUAAGGUUGUUGUAGUCUUUCUGUAUAUUAAUUUAUUCUCCCCACACCCCGUGAGGUAGAUUGCCAUCCCUCACAUACUUAAACAGAUGAAGAAACUGAGCAGAGCUGUUAGGUAACCUGCCUGAGGGCACACAGGUGCUGAGUGGUAGAGCUAGGACCAGACUGUCUGGUUUUACUUUGCACUCCCCAUGCUCACCCCCAUCCCCAGUCUCUGCAGGCAGCCAUGCUGGAUCUCCCACUAGACAGUUAAUUCAUGUACAAGCCUUGAAUGCACCAACAUCCCUGCCAGCCAGGGGUCAUGAUCCCCAUUUUGAAAAAGAGGAAGUGGGGGUGCGGAGAGGUUGAGAAGCUUCCCCAAGCUCACACAGCAUUGUACCACUGGGUGGAGAUGCGGACCAAGAUGCGCAUCAUGGGCUUCCGGGGCACGGUCAUCAAGCCGCUGAACGAGGAGGCGGCCGCCGAGCUGGGCGCCGAGCUGCUGGGCGAGGCCACCGUCUUCAUCGUGGGCGGCGGCUGCCUGGUGCUGGAGUACUGGCGCCACCAGGCGCACCAGCGUCACAAGGAAGAGGAGCAGAGCGCCGCCUGGGACGCGAUGCGGGACGAGGUGGGCCGCGUGGCGCUGGCGCUGGAGGCCCUGCAGGCGCAGGUGCAGGCGGCGCCGCCGCCGGGCGCCCUGGAGGAGCUGCAGGCGCAGAUGCAAGAGGUGCGCGCCCAGCUCUGCGCCGCAGGCCCGCCGCCCGCGCCCCAGGCAGCAUCCACGUCCCAGGAAGUGUCCUCAUCCGAGGAAAAGGAGCCUGCCGAAGCCUGAACUUAGACGUGGCCCUGUGUGUCCUGAUGUGGCCUUCUCCCUGCGUUACCCCUACCUGUGCUGGCCCAGUGAAAACCACCGGGAUGUGGAUGGAACUUGGGUUAGGUCACCCCAUACCGACCCGUGGUACCUUCCCCUGCGACCAGCCCCCAGCAGGUGAAGGUUCCAACACAGCCCCCUCCAACCUCUGGCUCAUUUGGUACAGUCUGCAGUGCUGUCUCUCCAGCCCACUCCAAACCACAAAGACCUAUGGGGUCCCAGCCAGCAGGACAACGUGCUCACUCCUCCGGCAGAAGAAAAAAUGGAACCGGACUUGAGCCAGAUCGAUCUAUCAGCCCUCCAUCUACUUGAUCAGUGUUAACUUUUCCCGGGGACUCUUACAUCGGAAUACCUCCUUCCCUUUGUCAGUUGGUACAGGCUGUCGUAAGGAAGCGCAGUGUCUUUCAGUGAGCGUCUGCCUCUCCCACCUUCUAAGGUGGGCUUUCUCUGGGCAUCACUCCUCUUAUGAGGGAAAAAAAAAAGGGAUCUUGGCUUGCAGUUGAUCCAUCAAAUAUUACACCUUUCACCUUAACCUGAUCCGUGGUACCUUCCCCUGAGACGCUCAAACGGAGUAUUCCAACAGAACCCCCCUCAUCCUUCAAUCUGCGGCACAACCCACUGGAAUGGCUAUGCAGGGUCUCCUGGUAAUGCCCUACCAACCCUGCUUCUGGUGGAAAAUUUGAUCCUGUCUGUGGCUAGUCCGACCCGUCUUUCAGCCUCAGCCCCCUGUCAACCUGUCCUCAGAGUCCCUGGGCCUUUCCUGACAUGUCCUUUCCUACCUUCCCCACUGUUUCUUCAGUGGCCUCUCUCAGGGGACUGCCGGCCAUGAUCACAGCCCCCAUGUUCCGUCCGAUCUCUAGAUCUCUGUGCUGUUGCCUUCCUUCCCUGCAGCUCUGGACUGGUCCAGCUGUCCCCCUCCUGCCUCCGUAACCCCCUCUAUCCCACCGGGCUAGGCCACCAGUUGGUCUUAGCUUUGUUAUUUAGUUUCCAGGGCUGCCAUAACAAAUGACCACAAACUCGGUGGCUUAACACAACAGGAGUUUAUUCUUUCACAGUUCUGGAGGCCAGAGAUCUGAAAUCAAGGUGUUCGCAGGGUCACGCUCCCUCCACAGGCUGUAGGGGAGGAUCCUUCCUUACCUCUUCAGCUUCUCUUGGCCUCAGGCAUCCCUUGGCUUGGGCCCCCCUAUCUCCAGUCUCUGCUUCCAUCUUCACCUGGCCUUCUUUUGCUCUCUGUCUCUUGGAAAGACUCCUGUCGUUGGAUUCAGGGCUUACCCUAAAUCUAGGAUGAUUUCACUUCGAAAUCCUUAACUGAAUUACAUCUACAAAGACCCUUUUUCCACAGAAGCUCCCAUAACUUUCCCUGGGUUAGGAUGUGGACACAUCUUUUGGUGGGCCACCAUUCAACCCACUACACCUCCCCACCCCAGGAGUACGCUGGGACUCCUGCCAACCCCAUGGGGCAUUCAGGGAACCACAAGGGUGAGAGGAACAGUCCAGGAACCACCAUUCAUUACCUGGAGUCUCUUCCAGGACUCACCUCUGAAGCGGGAGGGGUCUGGACCCCACCAGUCUGCAUCCUGUCUUUCAGACUGUAGAUGUUUUCCAAUUAAAAGAGCCCUGGAGAGAGGAAGUCAUCUGAAGGGUGUGUCAGAGAAUCAUGAUCUGAUCUCCAAAAUGAGUACAAGCCUCAUUAAAAUUAGGAGAGAAGCUGGGAGAGUUCUGAUGGGGGUGAGUGGUAGAGCAUCGUCCAAGAUGGGGAAACUGAGGCCCAGCGGAAGCAAAGGGACUUGCCUGAGGCCAGCAAGCCAGUGAGGUGAUGAAGCAGUAAGAGUAGAGGCAGGGAGGGAGAUGGAGAAGGGAUGCAGGGUGCUUGAGGGUACUGGUACAGGGCAAGGAGGAAGAUGAGAGGGAGGUGGAUUGCUGGGAGAGGGGCAGAGAUCCCUACACAGAGGCCAAAGGCACCCGAGGGGCAGCAUUGAGAGUGUCAGAACAGCCCCAGAUUACACCCAAGAUCUUAGCAUUUAAUGAAUGAGGUUAGAUCCAUUCCACCUGGGCCCGUUUCCCAGCAGCUCUAGGUGAAGUGGGAGGGGCCAGCUUUCUCUCCCUCCCUCCCUCCCUCACCUCACUUCCCCAGCGGAGUGAAAAUACUCUGGACACAAGACCUCCCCAGAGAGAAAACCAAGAAACCAGGGUUCUGAAACAGCAUCUUAAUUCCUUCUAGAAGAGCCCCCUCUGAUGUAGAGGGAGCUGAGGGAGGUGGACCCCAGGUAGGGGUGUCUUUAAAAUUGGAAAUGACUUGAGUGGGUUAAAUGACGAGGGGAAGAAGGCAAGAGACAGAACUACCACUGGAUGAUGGGGUGAUUGAUGGAGCCAGGUGAGCAGGCUUAGUGCCUGUUGCCAUGGUUACCCCAGGGAAGUCCACUCUGGCACUGACACAUCCCUGGAGCACGGGUUGCCACAGGCCAGGGACUGUUUUACUGCCCUCCCCACAUCAUGUCAAUGUCAGUGACCCAUCUUGUCAAUAAGGUGUGGUCAUCAUCAAAAUAGGUGGAGUUUAUUGAGCUCUGGUUAGGUGCGGGGCACUGUUCUAGGUGCUUUACAUAGUCCCCAUAACAUUUUCUUUGUUGCCUUGAUGAGGAAACCGAGGCGCAGUGAGGGAAAAUCACCUACCCAAGGUCACACAGGCAGGGAAGAAGCAGAGGUGGGGUGUGAAGACGGGCAGUCUGAGUCAGAACCCGUAACCCCUGCGCCAUCCUGACCCUGACGUAGUGCUGCGCUCACAUCUCCGAGACUCAAAACUCAGCCCUGACGUGUACUUACGUGUGGCGAUACCUCGUGGGAUGCAUCCGCUUCACCCACUGGGUGGGGGUGGGAUCAGCAUGUGUGGAAGUGGAAAGAGUCCCCUCUCAAAAUGCACAAGGCCAGAGGAUGCUUCAUCGCUCUGGUUUCCUGCUAGCUAAAAUUUUGUAUACAUUUGUGACUUGGGGAGAGGGGUUAGAAUAAAUUUGUAAUCCAAAUUGGUUGUCUUCAAGUUGAUGCAUUUUUUCCCCAUAUUUAAAAAAAAGCCCCGUUAACCUGAGAAAAAAUAUCCUUCGUUUAUUCUUUCAUUCAAGAAACUGUCACCGAUGGGACUUCCCUGGUGGCGCGGUGGUUAGGACUCCACGCUCCCAAUGCAGGGGGCCCGGGUUUGAUCCCUGGUUGGGGAACUAGAUCCCCCAUGCAUGCCACAGCUAUAGAGCUGACGAGCCUCAACUAAGGAGCCCACCUGCUGCAACUAAGACCCGGCGCAACCGAAUAAAUAAAUAUUAAAAAAAAAAACAAAA